ACAGCUGCUUCAAAGGUGCAGUCAUGCUUUGUCAUUUGAAAGUUUAUAAAAAAGAUGAUUUAUAUAUUCAAGAAAUAUUUUAGCAAUCCACCUAAAGGCGCAGAGAGAGAGCUGAAGAGAGAAUGGGGACCAGGACCAAUUUCUACAAGAAUCCUUCCAUAGCCUACAAGAAAGACUUCGGUCUCUCCUCCGUCCUUCAAAACCUUCGAGCUUACAACAUCGCCACCGGCAAUGCUGCUCUCGCGGAAGAACAACCUCCGGUUCCGGAAGACGAGAAAAGGGCGUGCCAGAAACGACGCCGUGACCUCGCGGAAGAAAAACCUCCGGAAGACGAGAAAAGGGCGUGUCAGAAACGACGCCGUGACCUGAAACAACAGCGCAAUCAAAACCGUGUGAUCGAAGAAGGGCCUAUGUCUCACGAGGACUACGUCGCAAAAAGAAGGAAAGAACUUAGUUCGGCUCAGCCUUACGAGAAAUUAACCGCCAAUGUUUUGGGAAAGUCUAGUUCGGGUGCAAAUUUAGUGGAAUACGAAAGUGAUGAAAGUACUUCAGAAUGUGGAGAAAAGCAAGAUCCUCCAAAUUCAGGUCCCAUAAAAGAAUUUGAUCAGGUUAAGAGCAGAAGUGAGCAACGUUUUCCUGAUCCAGGAGAGCCCGUUUGUAUAGUAUGUGGCAGAUAUGGAGAAUAUAUAUGCAAUGAGACCAACGAUGACAUCUGCAGCAUGGACUGUAAAGCAGAGCUGUUGCAAAUUCUUGAACUUGAUAAGGGGCCCUCAAGUUACCAAAUUCCAGAUGUCUCCUCACCUGGACUUAAAGGUGCCUUACCAUUGCCUGAGUUCGGGGAGGACACCUGGGAUUAUAACCGCCAUUGCUGGUCCAAAAAGAGAUCUAGUCUUUGUACUUUUGAAUGUUGGAAAUGUCAGAGGCCGGGACACCUUGCUGAAGAUUGUUUGGUGGCAGCAGGGCAAAACAAGUCAAGUUCAAUAUCCAGAGAUCUUCUUGGACUGUACAAAAGAUGUCACCAGAUAGGAAGAAACUUGUCAACUGCAAAUUGCAAUGCAUGCCGCAGCUUAUUAGCUUUGGCUACAUGCCUUGACUGCAGUACUGUCCUUUGUGACAAUGCAGGUCAUUUGAACGAGCAUAUCCAGACGCAUCUGUCCCAUCGACAUUAUUAUUCCCAUAAACUCAAGCGACUAGUAAAAUGCUGCAAAUCAACGUGCCAGGUGACUGAUAUUAGAGAUCUUUUGGUUUGUCACCACUGUUUCGAUAAAGCCUUUGACAAGUUCUAUGAUAUGUACACUGCAACUUGGAAAGGAGCUGGACUUUCUAUCAUCUGGGGCUCUAUUUGCUGUGAAGACCACUUUGCUUGGCACAGGAUGAAUUGUUUGAACGCAGAUGUAGAAGACAAAGCGUAUAUUAUCAGUCGGAAUGCCCAGAAAGACAAGCAUGUACAGCUUAGUGACUUCAUUUUCUGAUGUGGUCGUGAAGCUAAUGUGGACGAUUUCUCUGUUGAUUUACGUCUGACGUAUGGAUUGGAACCCCAGGCUUGUGCAACCAUGGAGAUGCUGAAUCUUGCCCACCUCAAGCUCUAUUCACGAGUCUGUCAUAUAAAUCUUUCAGAAAUCGAAUGUACAUUUCUUGUUUUUUUUUUUUUUUUUUUUUUUUUUUUGGGAGGGUCUGGGGAAGAUUGAGAGAGUCUCUGCAAUAUAUAGUUAACAUUUAGUGCAAAGAGUUCCACCUAUGAAGCCUAAGAGCAUUUACAUCUA